GUUUUGUAGGUAAGAGAAUUAAACACUUUUAUCACAAACGUGUACAAUUCUAACAAGCACAGUUGUGAAUGUGUACGUGUUCUUCAUGUAUGUCGUUUAAGAACAGUAAACAUCAAAACUCUGCGAAGUAGCACGUGACAGCUGCUCGUAUGGCUGGCAGCAGGAUGAAGCUGGAGCUGUCCCGAGUGGUUCAGGGAAGAAGCCGGCUGGGUGUCCUGAAGGGGCUCGGUAGGACUGGACAGCACUCCCUGGAUGUCCCGGGGUGUCUGCUGUACACUCACUUUGGCACAGUGCCCCACCUCACCCAAGACACACUGCACACCCUGAGCAACCUCCCCUCUGUCACUCAGAUUACCCUGUCCAAUAUAGCAGAGCACCAGGAAGUGUUGGGGGAGUUUAAGGAUGGAUUCAGGAAAUUUGCAGGUCUUGAUGAUACUGUGUUGUACUGCUCCCUUCAUGACCCUGCGACUUCCUGCCCAACAGGUUAUACGACUAACAAGACUGUGUCUGUGUGGGGCAGCGGUGGGCGGAUCGAACUGACGGUGGCCAAGUUCAUGGCUCUCCAGCGGACCGUGCAGCCCGACUGGUACCAGAGCAUGGCAGACGGAGAGACGAGGCAGAACAACACCUCUCGCAAAAGGGUCCGAAAGUCAGUGGAUCGAACUCUCACUCACUUGGACGAGUGUCUGCUGGUGCACCAAAAAACACAGGAGUUGGAGGGAGUUGAGGUGUUCGGGGUGGUGGAGGGAGGAGACAUCCUGGAAGAGAGAGUGCGCUCAGCCAGGGAGACAGCCAAGAGGCCUGUGGCGGGAUUCUGCCUGGACGGCCUCCAGACGGGCUCAAUGGACCAUGUCCUGAGGAGCCAGCUCAUCAGUGCUGUGACCAAGGAGCUGCCUGAGGACAAACCCAGACUGCUGCAGGGUGUCGGACGACCCGAUGAGGUGCUGGUGUGCGUGGAGGCUGGCGUGGACCUGUUUGAGAGUUUCUUCCCGUUCCAGGUGACGGAGCGAGGCUGCGCUCUGUGCUUCGACUUCGACAUCUCCCCGGACCCGGAGCGUGCAGGUAGAGCGCCCCCUGCAGUGCUGGAGCUGGAAAAAGAGAGGGAGACCGCAGGGGAGCCACAACAGAAUGGGGACCUUAACGAGGAUCAGACACAGAUGACACCCUUCGAGAUGAAUCUUAAAGACAAGAGGUACCAGGACGACUUCAGACCGUUAGUGGAGGGGUGUGGCUGCUACUGCUGCAAGAACCACCAGAGGGCAUACCUGCACCACCUGCUGGUGACCAAUGAGCUGCUGGCUGGAGUCCUGCUCAUGAUCCACAACACGGCCCACUAUCACAGCUUCUUCGGUGCCCUGAGAGAAGCUCUCGCCAAGGAUAAGCUGGACCUCCUCAAGAGACGGGUACUUGGGGAGAGAGGCGGGCAGGCAGAGAGAAAGGACUAAGACAGAUAACUCUGAGAGAUUGCUUUUUCCUGUGACGGAUCUCUGAACUGACUUGGCUGUAAGAGCUCUAUCUUGCUCAGAUCAUGUAGAGACACUGAGUCAUUCCAUGCGUUUCAAAAAUGUAAAAAAAAAAAAAAAAAAGCAAUGUACCUCAUACACAGAGCAGAUAAAGAGACACGCCUGACGUUUGUACCUUGGGGUCGUGUCCUGGUUUCACAUCAGGAGAACAGUUGCCUUUAAGCUUGUGUAUUGAUCUGAGCUUAAAGCAAGGAGGAGUCAGGGGUCAGGUGGCUCAGGAGUGCAAGAGGAAUGCGCACAUAGAAAGAGAUGUGACGAAGGAUGGUAGAAGACUAUCGACCAUGACUGAAUCCCUGUGCGCCUCCUGUUUUGGGCUGAUUGCAGGUCAGCGCAUGACUACUAUCCUCUGAACUCAUAAGACAGAGCAGAGGGUGAAUCAACUACGUCCCUCUUUUUCUUCUGUCAUACAUUAAAGUCAAGUGUGUAAUAAGAUUUCCUUCAGGUUUUUUUAAAUUUCAUACUUCAUACAUCUAUCUUCAUCAAGCACAUGUCGUUUUUUUUUCGCACGCAUGAAUAUUUUAAUAUUCUAAAUGUUUCCUGGAUGACUCAAGCUUCUCACAGUCAUGGAAAUGGAUUUCAUGUAGUUCUCAAACACAUUGACAAACCAUCAUGUUUAAUAGGAUUGUUUUCAUUAAACACGCCACUGGU